UGCUUAUAAAAGAUAGUUGUAUAUUUGUUUAGAGUUUUGGAAAUUUCUCUACUGAAACAGCUUAGCCGGUACACUACACUUUACCGCCUCUACUGCCUAAACGGGGUUUAUGGGCUUUUGCGAAAGUGACAUUCACAGCAACAUCCACAGUGACAUCCACAGCGACAUCCACAGCGACGGCGAUGAAAUGCGGCUCUAGAAAAUCAUUGCAAAAUGCCAACUACUUGCCAAUUCUAUCUGAACCGUGCGGUGCCGAUUUACUACAGUGGAGAGCAAAUUAGUGAACUUAAAGGUUUCAUCAAUGUAAAAUGGAGCGAACCAUCAAAACCAACAAGUGUCGAGCAUAAUGACAGCAAUGAUUGCGAUAAUAUAAUUUGUUAUCAAGGAAAGCAAAAUCUUCUCAAACAAAUUAUAAAAUUCGAUGAAAAUAUUGCCCUUAACCGCUAUAGCAAAUAUACCAGAGACUUCGAGUUCACCAUACCCAGUGAGGUACCAGCGACAUGCAAACACAAAUACGGCGAAAUUAGUUAUGAACUUAAUUUGAUUCUGAAACGCAAAUCAAAAUUUAAUAAAAUUUUUCAUGAACGUAUCGUAAUCAGAAACGAAAGCGAUUUGAACAUGCACGGCAAAUUAAAUGAGCCAAAAACAGCUUUCGGAGAUGGUCUCAGCUUUACCAUACCACGCAGUGGCUACGUGCCUGGGCAAAUUGUUGACUUUGAACUGAAGUUCACAAAACUUAGAAUAGAAAAUAGAAUUAUCGUAAAUUUAUGUGAAAAAACCACAUGUAGAAGUUUAAGUCCAACAGUAAAAGUAAAAGAAAACGUUAGAGUAUUGAAUAGUAUUACAAUGGAGAAGACGGGUCUUUGUUCUCAUAAAUUAAAUAUGGGAAGAGUGUGUGUGCCGUUAACUAUUUCAGUAAGCAACCAAAAAUUAGAUGAUCUCGUACAAGUUUCUUAUUAUCUGGAAGCAAUUGUACUGAAUUCGAAAAGGAUGGUAUUGCAGAAAUUAGUUUUACCUAUAAUUAUUGGAACAAUUCCUCUGGAAUAUGAAGUUAAAGAGCAGUUUAAUAGUGCACACUUCUGCUAUGAUAACUUAGCAGCCACUAUAUCCGAAAGUAAGAAUUUAAACAACGAGCUGGGGGAGUUGGAGAUUAUACCUAAGCAGUAUGUUCUUGAUAAGAAAUGUACAAAAGAUGGAGUUUCAGAUGACAAUAUCGUAACGAUAUUCAGUGAAUCUUCAUAUACAAAUCGAUUACUCAAGUAUAUAGUAUAAAAACAUUCAGUAUUUAAAAAUAAG